UACGUGUUAGGUCACCUGCCGACCCUCCCCAGGCUCUAGUUACCUUUAGAAGGUCUCUAUAUAAACCCUAUCUAGUGUUCCACAGCUUUCAAACCAAUCACAAGCACUAUUUUCCUUUUCUGGCGAUUGUAUUCUCUAGUAAGCUAGGAUUAAUUAUGGCUUUUUCUUCAUUUCUCAAGGCUAAUGUUGUGACUUUGGCCUUCCUAAUUAUUGUUCUCUUCAUGGGGGGCACCAAUGCUCAACUUUCAACCAAUUUUUACUCCAAAUCUUGCCCUAGACUCUUCGCCACCGUCAAGUCCACCGUGCAAUCCGCCAUUCAGAAGGAGGCGCGAAUGGGUGCCUCCCUCCUCCGCUUGUUCUUCCACGACUGCUUUGUUAAUGGAUGUGAUGGUUCAAUACUAUUAGACGACACAUCUUCCUUCACCGGAGAAAAAAAUGCUGUCCCGAACAGAAAUUCGGCUAGAGGAUUCGACGUAGUCGACAACAUAAAAUCUGCAGUUGAGAAUGUUUGUUCUGGAGUUGUGUCUUGUGCUGACAUACUCGCCAUUGCUGCUCGGGACUCGGUUGAAAUUCUUGGGGGGCCUACUUGGAAUGUGAAACUUGGAAGAAGAGAUUCUAGAACUGCAAGCCAAUCAGCGGCCAAUAAUAAUAUUCCACCACCAACUUUUAACCUUAGCCAACUCAUCAACAGCUUCAAUUCUGUCGGCCUUUCCACAAGGGACAUGGUUGCUUUGUCCGGGUCUCACACAAUUGGACAAGCAAGGUGCACAUCAUUUAGGGCUCGUAUCUACAACGAGACCACCAUAGACGCUUCCUUUGCACAAACGAGGAGAUCGAACUGCCCUAGAACAGCCGGUUCCGGGGACAACAACUUGGCACCGCUUGAUCUUCAGACUCCUACAUCUUUUGAGAGCAACUACUACAAGAACCUCAUCAACAGGAAAGGGUUACUUCAUUCCGACCAGCAAUUGUUCAACGGUGGAUCAACCGACUGGAUUGUCCGAACGUACAGCAACGAUGAAAAGACGUUCAAUUGUGAUUUUGUUGCUGGCAUGAUCAAGAUGGGAGAUAUUAGUCCACUCACUGGAUCAAAUGGAGAAAUCAGAAAGAAUUGUAGGAGGGCCAAUUAAAUUAAAAGGCUGUUUUGGCUAAGUGUGGACUUUUGAAUAAAAAGUUGUGUCAAGUUUUUCUAAUUUGUGUAUGGUUAUUUCAUGGGAUGACCAUGUUAUGUAACCAUUUUGUAUUAGAGUGAUCGAGUCAAGUUUGUUUGGUAAUUUCCAUUUUUAUUCUAUAAUAGACAAAGCUUUUUUUAAGAUUA